AUGGCACCUUCACUUAUUGAAAUUGCAGAAUCUGUUACUCCUGUCCUAUCAAAGGUACAAGAGCGGUCUCUCACUGGUGACUGGCGUGAUGAUUUCUUUCGGGAUGGCUACACUGUUAUCAAGAAUGCACUGUCCAAAGAGCGUGCACAGCAAUAUCAAAGUGACGCCUUGACUUGGCUGGAGUCAUUUGGGCUAGGCUUCGAAUCGCAACGACAAGAGCACAUGGAAAAAGGAAAAUCUUCCUCAAAAUUGGAAAGGCGGGAUCUCUGGGAAACCGACGAACUGGUGGUUUCUUUCGAUACUGUAAACAUCACCCUGCCCCAGUCCAUUGUCGGUGAAUACGACUCAACCCCCUGGCCACACGUUGAUCAAGCCCCCGAACGCCGAGGCCUCCGCUGCGUGCAAGGAAUCGUCAACCUCUCUGAAGCAGGUCCGAAGGAUGGCGGCCUAGUGGUGAUGAAAAAGUCAGCUCCUCUUUUCAAUCAAUUCUUCGAGGAAACCCCGGUCAAGGGCCCUACUCCCUGGCGAACGGCCAAGCAUGAAGACUUCCAUCCCUUUCAAGAGAAAGAUCUUGACUGGUACCGCUCACAUGGAUGUGAACUAAUCAAAGUCUGUGCCGAGCCGGGAGACUUGAUUCUCUGGGAUUCGAGGCAAAUGCACUGGGCUCAAUUCGGCGAGUCGGAUCUUAUCCGGACCAUUGCAUAUGUGACCUACACCCCUGCUAAAUGGAUGUCUGAGAAAGAUCGCCUUGUGAAGAAAGAUCUCUUUGAGAAUUAUGAGACAACUACGCACUGGCCGCAUACGAAUCUUUUUUCCCAUGGAAAGGCUAAGGUUGAGAUUGAUGGGCAGGAAGUUGUUGAUCCUUUAGAGAGGAAUGAGCCAAUUACUUUGCCAAUUAAGACCGAUAAGCUCCUCAAGUUGGCUGGGGCAUUGCCUUACUAG